AUUUUACCAUUUUGACUGAAACUUCUAAAGAGGAGCAAAAAAAAAACAAAUCUCAAAAGUCUUGUGGUCAGCCAGAAUCAACUUUCUUUCCUUCCUUCUUGUUGGUUUUUCUUUCUUUCUUCAAGCCUUGGUGCCGUCUUCUACACCCGUCCUCCUCCUCCUCCUCUUCCUCCUCCUCCCCUCCUCUCCCCGUCUCCCCCACUUCUCUACUCUUUCUCCCACUUCUGAUCAUUGUCUUCAUUACUAUGCACCAUGCUCUCAUCUCCUGCUGUCGUUCUUCACCCCUAUGGACUUCCCGUCUACCCACAGACUCCUUCUUGCUACUCCGGACUGGUUCAGGGUGCCCCAGCACAGGAUGGAGGCUCUACAGCUGCUGACCCUGCCCUGACACAAGCGUAUGGGCCACCUCCAGCUUACCCUCCCACACAGCCCCCACCACCCGCCACAGGCCGAAUCCCACUGGAGUUUAGUGCUGCACACCCUGCCGUCACCGGGGCAGAGUUCCAAGAUCAUGCUCUGAGAGUCUAUCAGCCACCACAGCCACCACUGGCAGAGCAGAGUGUCGAGAACACGGCACCCGCGGGCACGGAGACCUCAUCGCAGGCUGACUUGACCCAGAGCCUUCAUCAGGAUGAAGAUGAUUCAUCAAAGCCACAGCCGAAACGCCUGCAUGUGUCAAACAUCCCCUUUCGCUUUCGUGAUCCUGACCUGCGUCAGAUGUUUGGGCAAUUUGGAAAAAUUCUAGAUGUUGAGAUAAUUUUCAACGAACGAGGAUCAAAGGGAUUUGGUUUUGUGACAUUCGAGAGCAGCUUAGAGGCUGACAGAGCACGUGAAAAACUGAAUGGAACCAUAGUGGAAGGGCGCAAAAUUGAGGUCAAUAACGCAACAGCAAGAGUAGUGACCAAAAAGGCCCAGACUCCACUCAUAAAUGCUGGGUGGAAGAUAAACCCGAUGGUGGGAGCAGUAUACGCACCGGAGCUUUAUACUGUGGCCAGUUUCCCAUAUCCAGUUGCCGCACCAGCGCUGGCCUACAGGGGAGCCACUCUGCGAGGAAGAGGACGAGCUGUCUACAACACGAUUCGAUCAGCCACUGCCGCUGCUACACCUACACCUGUCCCAGCCUACCCUGGUGUUGUUUACCAAGACGGUCUUUAUGGGGCAGAAGUUUAUGGAGGAUAUCCGGCCUAUCGGGUGGCUCAGCCAGCAUCUGCCACUACUACCUAUAGUGAUGGGUAUGGCAGAGUAUAUGCAGCAGCCGCCGACCCUUAUCACCACACUGUUGGACCAACCGCCACCUAUGGAGUGGGGACAGUGGCCAGUUUGUAUCGUGGGGGCUAUAACCGCUUCACCCCGUACUGACCAGCACCCAGUUCCACCUGGAUGAGCAGCUGCGCAGAGUUUUGCAGAAGGGCCAGUGAGCGCCAUCAGGGGUUGUAUGCUGACCUUGCUUCACGAGACCAGGAGUCAGGUUUUCUACGGUGGAAAUGAUACAGUUUCCUGUUUUUGGAAAUUUUUAAACAAAAAAAAAAAAACACAACAUCAGCAAAAAAACUUAUAAGUGCUUAUAAGUGUUUUAGCAAGACAACUUCAGGGACAUUUCUUGGGCUCUUGCACCAAAGUGCACAUUUGUCAAUCAUCUCCUUGUAUUUAUCUUUGUUAAAGUAUUAGAGUCAAGUGGGGGUAGUGGGGUGGGGUGAUGGGGUGAUGUUGAGCAGGGUGGGCAGGGGCAGGGCAUUGUGGGUUUGAAUGGGACGGGGCAUGUUUGUUAGGAGAAACACAAUCUGGAGUUUAAUAAUUUGGCAUCACUACCUCAUUUAAGGCAUCACUUUCCAUCACUGGUUUUAAAAAGCUUUAGGAGUCAGGGAGCAAGCUUGCCAUGUGAGAAGUGCUGUGGCUGAAACUACUGGGGUGACAGGAGCCCAAGAGUGACAAGAGAAAUCUCAAAAUGGCCAUGUGGCUCCACAAUGGCCGAUAGGGAAUAGUGAAGGGGCUAAAGCCGAAUAAAAAAGGGAGUUUCUUGUUAGGGGAAGGGGAUAGGUUUGUAUAUAUUACACAGCAAAGGGAUUUCUUCCUUUCUUUUUCCUUCCUUUCUUUCUUUCUUGCUUGCUUUUCUAAAUUCUCUGGUUCUUUCCUUUCUUUCCACACUGCAUUGUGUCCUCCUUUGUGUUAAACAUGUGCCUCUCAGCUAAUAAACAUCCUCAUUUUUAAA